AUGCCGACCGUACAUGUCGAGCCCAGCUCCGGGGAGCAUCUGCAGGACAUUGCCGAUUCGCUGCUCAAGGCGCGCAAGAUUGUCGUUGUGACCGGUGCGGGCAUCAGUACCAACUCUGGCAUUCCGGAUUUUCGAUCCGAAAAUGGCCUCUACUCGCUGAUACAAGCACAAUUCGACGCGGCCGCCAAGCAGGUGGCGCAGAAAAUCGACACGGAGGCGACACGAGACGGUGCAAAGGAGGAUCUUGAAGACCGUGACCGCCCGGCGAAGCGGCGCAGAGCGUCUGAUGCCGGCUCGCCGAAGAGGGAAGAGAAGGAAGAGGAAGGAAUCGACAAAACGGACACAUUACAUGAGCAAAAGCGACAAGAACAGCUUGCUGCCGGCUCGACAAAUGAACCAGAAAGUCCAUCAUUGCCAGAGGCAAAGACUUCAAUGGCUGCACCCUACUCUACCCCGCGUUCGGCGCGCCAUCCGCUCUCCCUUGCUCUUGGCCAGCUUCCGACCUCACCGCUAUCCUCACCACCGCCUGACGAGCAGAUAGUGCCACCAUCUGCUUUUCGCUUCGCAGGCCAUCUCUCGAGACUCGACGUUCCUCACAGCUCCUCGCCGCUCUCCUCCCCUCCAACCGUCCUGUUCGACCCUUUUGAAUCUAGCUCUGCGUCAGACACAGACUGCAAUGAACCCAGCAACACGAGCGACUCUGAGUCAGAAGACCGCUCUGCAGCGCGGAAGUUGUUUGCAUCCUCGCAAGGCUCAAGCUCUGGCCGCAGCACGCUGCCUAAUAUGAAGGGUAGAGACCUGUUUGACGUAUCGGUUUGGGCUGACCCCGUCCGCACUCAAGUCUUUUACACGUUUGCCACGUCUCUGCGGCAGAAGAUCAAGGACGCGGAGCCGACGGGCUCACACCGGUUCAUCAGUCACCUCAGGAAUCGUGGCAAGCUGGUGCGCUGUUAUACACAGAACAUUGAUCAAAUUGAAGAAAAGGUUGGCCUGUCGACAUCACUGAUUGCUGGCCCUGGGAGCCGUGGUAGAUUUUCGCGUCGAUCUACGGCCAACAAGGACCAGCUGGCCAAGAUGGUGGAUGAAGCAUCGAGCACAGAGCUUCCUAGCAGCCAAAAUUCUUCAUCCGAAACCUCUACACCGGAGUCAGUCACGCCGCAAGCAUCGCAGGCCUCAGUAUUAGAUGCCCCGCCAUCAUCACAACCAGAUGCCGAAGCAUCGUUCAACGUUGCUAAGACAGACACGCCGCCUGCAACCCUGAAAAAGGAGCCAUCCCAGUCUGGUGUCGAGUGUGUCUUCCUACAUGGGUCUCUGGAAUUGCUACGCUGCUUUCUAUGCGGUCAGGCUUGCUCGUGGGACGAUGAGGACCGCGAGACAGCAACUUUGACAGGGCAACAGCCUGAGUGCCCGAGAUGCGCUGGAGCGGCCGCGGAGCGCGAGGAGAAGGGCAAAAGAGCCCUCGGCGUGGGAAAGCUGCGCCCAGAUAUCGUUCUGUAUGGAGAGGAACAUCCGAAUGCCCACCUAAUCAGCCCCAUCAUCACACAUGACUUGGCUCUCUAUCCAGAUAUGCUUCUUAUCCUUGGCACAAGCUUACGAGUUCACGGGCUUAAGGUCAUGGUUAGAGAAUUUGCCAAGACAGUUCACAGCAAAGGCGGCAAAGUUGUCUUUGUCAACUUUACCAAACCAUCAGAGAGCUCGUGGGGGGAUGUUAUCGAUUUUUGGAUACAGUGGGAUUGCGAUGCUUGGGUCAACGACCUGCAGGCUCGCGUCCCGAAACUCUGGCGUGACCCCUCACCGAAGAAGCCGCGCCCACCAGCUGCGAAUCCAGUGGCUAUGCGCGAUUCCAAAGUCACUGGGGCUUACUGCACUCUGAAAAUUCUUAAAGAAUUGCGAAGGAUCACCGGAAAAGAAACGCCGGAAAAGGCCCUUCGCCGAGCAACCAUCACCGCUGACUCAGCCCCAUCCUUCGCCAUUCCUCCCGAGGCGGAGAUGCCAUCAAUCCCGGCCCCGAAGCUGUCUCGACCGAGAGCAAAAGGUCCACGUAAAUCCGCCCCCGGCGCCCUCGAAAAGGCCAAGAAUCAGUCCUCCACGCUGAAUCCUAAUCAUGGUCGCAGUCGUAAGAGUGAUGCGGCUGAGAUGGCCAUGCAAGAGGGGCCACUGAAUCCCAUGGCACAACAAGAACAGCAGCAGCAGCAGCAACCCCCGCAAAGCCCGGUGUUGAGCGACCCUACCAACGAAAGCUCUAUACUCAAUUCUGUCAAGUCGAACCCUAGAGUUCGCAAGCGCAAGAUGAUCGACGGCGAAGAAGUUGUGCUGCCCACACGCCGUGGCACACGACAGAGCAAAAUUGAUCCAGGCGUGACGUUGCCACCACUGAGACCUGGUCCUGAAUCUCACCCAUUCGGCAAGCCGCUGCCUAUGGAGCCUAGAAGUCCACCAACUGGGCCGCUUACUUCCCUAUCACCGAAUCUUCGCUGGUUCAGUUCAUCGCAUCGCCCAAACCCGUUUUACAUUGAUGACCCUCUGGUUGGAUUGCUAGAGCAACCGUCUCUGGUAGCGCCCGAAACAACACGAGAGCCGCAUUACUUGGUGCUAUCGCAGCAGCGAAGCAAGCGAACCACGAAAGCCACACAACCCGAAGCCGAUGCGGCAGUGGCCCUCGCUGAUCUGGGGACUAGCCCACUGCUACGGAAAGCUGCAGCCUCCCAGAUCGGCACCAGAGGGCUAGAGGACCAGUUGCAGCACUGGGGCGCCCGUUGGAACUGCAACAGAUAA